AGAGGCGAACGCGGGAGCCGGGUGCGCGGGCGCGCGCCCUCCGCAGACUGGUAGAGCGAGCGGGAGAGGCCCGGGGCACGUGCAGACGGGAGCCCCGCGAGUGGCGCGCCGGGGAUGUGAGUGCCCCUUGCCCUCUACGGCACCUACCCUCCCUCCCCGCCCACUGCCUCCGCGUUUGCGUAUUGACAGUAAUCCGACCGGGCCCGCGCCCCUCCUCCCAUCCUCAGCCAGCAACAGAGGCCGUUUGGGUCCCGGCCAGCCGAGCGGCGUGGGCCUGCGAUCGGCCAGGGAGGCCCGCCGCGCCCCCUCGGCCCGCGCGCCCGUGGCGGAGCGGAGAGGCGCCCGUCCUGCGCCGCUGCCCGGAGGGGCCGCCGCGCGCCCGCUCCCUGGUCGGCUGGGUCCAGGCAGCUCGAGGACAACACGCGUGCGCGCGGCGGACGGGCGGGCGCGCUCGCCACCUCGGCUGCGGGCGCCGGGCGCAGUCCGCCUCUUCCCGGAGCAGCGCGCCCACGGGGCUCAUUGAUAGCAGCGGCAGCCGCAGCAGCAGCUCGGCACUGGGGAUCCGAGGGCGGAAAGAGGCGGGGUUGGCGGCUCUUUGCUGGGAGUGGGCUGGACCGGACGCCAGAGACAAAGGCUCUCAAGGCAAGAGGGACUGUGGCCCUGGGACGGCGCUGCUCGGGAUUCGUGACCCCAGGACUUCUCGCCCCGUCGUUUUUCUCUUCUGACGCAUCCCUCUCCCCAAGCCCGCCUCCCCUCGGCCGCGACCUCACUCCUCCGCGGGAGGGCCGCGAUGGAGGUCCCGCCCCGGCUUUCCCAAGUGCCGCCGCCAUUGUUCCCCUCCGCUCCCGCUACUUUAGCCUCCCGCAGCCUCUCCCAUUGGCGGCCGCGGGCGCCGCGGCAGCUCGCUCCGCUCCUCCCUUCGCUCGCUCCCAGCUCCGCCCGGCAGGGGGCGCGCCGGGCCCAGCGCCACGUCACCGCACAGCAGCCCUCGCGAUUGGCCGGCGUGGCGGCUAUAAAGGGAGGGCGCAGGCGGCGCCCGGAUCUCUUCCGCCGCCAUUUUAAAUCCAGUUCCAUACAACGCUCCGCCGCCGCCGCUGCCGCGACUCGGACUGCGCGCCCGCACCCUCCGGCCGACAACCCCGCCGCCAUGGAGGACAUGAACGAGUACAGCAACAUAGAGGAGUUCGCAGAGGGGUCCAAGAUCAACGCGAGCAAAAAUCAGCAGGAUGACGGUAAAAUGUUUAUUGGAGGCUUGAGCUGGGAUACAAGCAAGAAAGAUCUGACUGAAUAUUUGUCUCGAUUUGGGGAAGUCGUAGACUGCACAAUUAAAACAGAUCCAGUCACUGGAAGAUCAAGAGGAUUUGGAUUUGUGCUUUUCAAAGAUGCUGCUAGUGUUGAUAAGGUUUUGGAACUGAAAGAACACAAACUGGAUGGCAAAUUGAUAGACCCUAAAAGGGCCAAAGCUUUAAAAGGGAAGGAACCCCCAAAAAAGGUUUUUGUGGGCGGAUUGAGCCCAGAUACUUCAGAAGAACAAAUCAAAGAAUACUUUGGAGCCUUUGGAGAGAUUGAAAAUAUUGAACUUCCCAUGGAUACAAAAACAAAUGAAAGAAGAGGUUUUUGUUUUAUUACGUACACAGACGAAGAGCCAGUAAAGAAAUUGUUAGAAAGCCGAUAUCAUCAAAUUGGUUCUGGGAAGUGUGAAAUCAAAGUUGCACAACCCAAAGAGGUGUAUAGGCAGCAACAGCAACAACAGAAAGGAGGAAGAGGUGCUGCAGCUGGCGGACGAGGUGGUACUAGGGGUCGUGGACGAGGUCAGGGCCAAAACUGGAACCAAGGAUUUAAUAACUAUUAUGAUCAAGGAUAUGGAAAUUACAAUAGUGCCUAUGGUGGUGAUCAAAACUAUAGUGGCUAUGGCGGCUAUGAUUAUACUGGGUAUAACUAUGGGAACUAUGGAUAUGGACAGGGAUAUGCAGACUACAGUGGCCAACAGAGCACUUAUGGCAAGGCAUCUCGAGGGGGUGGCAAUCACCAAAAUAAUUACCAGCCAUACUAAAGGGGGACAUUGGAGAAAACAGGUGUGUAUAAGCGUUCGAGAAACCAGUGGAAAUGUCUAAUUUAAUUUAAAGAUCAAUAGACAAAUGAAAAAUAAGUAAAAACAAAAUAUCAUGUAGUCUGUUUUUACUCAAUUGUUUACUUUUUAACUUGCAUUAUGAGCCUGUUUUGCCUAAAGUGUCUAUAGAUCUUUAACUUUUAAAAAGUUUUAUCUCACUUUUUUUAGUAUUACAGAAAAACUUAAGAGUUUUUCUGUUUGCUUUGUGUACCAGGUGGUCUAGAGGAGUAAUUAAACUUUUUUAGAACUAUUAACAGGUAAAGUACUGAAAUGGGUACAACUUAAGGAAAACAAGAAUGUUGUCUUCUAACUCUGACAUUAUACCUUGUUUGUACCCGCCAGCGGGAACUUCAUUGCAGGCCGUGUGUCACCCUGACCACGUCUAUCUCUGGGGGUCGCACGUUGCGGGCAGAGCGCAAGGCAUACACCAGAAAACGCUGUCCUGUGGUAUGGUCUCUUCCAACUUCAUGUACCAGCGUAAAGAUUAAAGUGGAAAACUUCAGACUUUGGCUUCUUUUUUUUAAUCUUUUUGAAGAUUAAGUGUCUAAACUUAACUUAAAUGGUUUUUUACAGGAGUUAAAGUACAUAAAUGCCUUUUUACAGCUUAAUCAUUUUGGUCUUCUGUUUAGUGUUGUAUUUCAAUUGUGGAGCCUCAUUUUAAGUGUUCAUUCUUUAAGAUUUAAUGCUUGCUUUUUCUUUUUAUAGCUAAUAGUGAAAUCUACAAACCAAAACAAGAACUUUAAAAUCUGGGAUACAAAUUAAAGAUCAUAUGCACAGAGCAAUUUGUUUUCUUGCAAUACAAGCCUAUUAGAAAUUUGUGUUUGUAAUUGCAUUGGACGUGGCUUACUAGAGAUGCUUCUAGUAGACCUUGAUCUAGCACAGUUCGACCUGUGAAUAUGGGAAGAUGGCUUUCCCAGAUUUUCUAAGUAAAUUUAAUGGCAUUCGGGAACUCCAGGGUGCAUUUACUAAUUACCCAAACUGCAUUUUGCCAGUGAAUUUGCAUGUGAUCUUUAAUUGAAGAAAAGAAUAAAGUGAGAACUUAAAAACAAUUCAUGAAAGUGGACCUUUGAAAGCUUGUCAGAGUUGCACAGAUCUAACUGCCAUUUUGUUUUUGUUUUUAGGAGGAUUUUGCUAGCGCAACCCAUCUUGCAGAACAACAUUGAAGAUUGGUCUUCUGUUGAUCUAAGAUGAUUAUUUUGUAAAAGACUUUCUAGUGUACAAGACACAACUGUGUCCAACUGUAUAUAGCCGCCAAUUAGUUUUCUUUGUUUUUACUUUGUCUUUUGCUAUCUGUGUUAUAACUCAAUGUGGAUUUGUGUUUAUACAAAUUUUAUUUGUAUGAUUUCAUGUUAAACCUCAAAUAAAUGCUUCCUUAUGUGAUUGUUUUUCUGCGUCAGGUACUAAAUAGAUCUGUAAAGGCGUAAUUUUAAAUAAGCAAUAAUUAAGGCACAGUUUAUUUUGUAGGGAGUAUUGAUCCAUAGGGAGAAACUGGUCCUUUAUGAAUAGCCAGCUACAGUGUCUACCCUGUUCCCUUUUUGUUACAUGUAUUCUAUGCUCAGAGGCUUCAUUUCCCUGUUAAUUGAAGCUUCCACCAUACCUUUUAGUAAUGUUUCCUCUGUAUAUCUGGAGAUUUUGUCAUGAAGCUUGUGUGGCCUGGUUAGAGUGUUGUGAUUAGUGCAGGCAGCUUUCUAGUAGGCCAUGAGUCUUUCUGUUGUUUUGGAAAGUGACUCUUUAUAAUGGCGCAAAGCAUUGUUGGUAGCUCGUUUUAUGAACAGAAGAGAUGGUGCUUUGUUCUUGUCUCUGGAGAGGCAGUUGUUGGACUGCUGCAUUCUCAUCAGUGGUCUGCUAAAGAGCUUUGGCUAAUCAUAAUACCAUCACUUUGUUUCUUGAUUAAAAUGUCCAGAUAUAUGGGAGGAAGAGACUUAAAUUGUGUGAUAGGAGCUGCAGCUUAAGAAGAUCAGUUUUAGUUACAUUUAACAGAAGAAUUUUGGCAGAUAGAUACGGGGUAAUUAGAGUUUGAAUAAAAGUUAGAUUAAAAUAUUUGAAGUAGUGGCUGAGUAAAUACAUUGUAUGGUAUUUUGUUGGUAUUAUGUCACAGCAAGCACCAAGCUGAACAGAAUGAUUCUGUUGGGGCAUCGUUAGGAAGCUGUACUGGAUGUUAACUGUCUGUGAGUUUAGGAGACGUCGUGGUGAAGUAGGUUUCAUCAUUUUUAGUACAGUUAGUGCAUGAGCGGGGUAGUUGACGCAUAUCCAUAGUCAGACCUAGGGAGCAAUAGUGGGGAAAGGUAUACUUUAAAUCUUAGGUGAGCACAAGUCUGAGCGUGACCGAGUCACACCAGUACAGCAGGUCUUCCUGGUGCGCUAAAGAAGCGGCUCUAGGUCUAGAUGUGCAGGGUAUCCUGGAUAAAUUCGGGUUCCAAAUCUUACAUUCAGUGUAGUGAAUGAAUCUAAGAUUUUUGUUCUGUUUCUGUGGUUUCAUGUUAGCUGUUAGGAUUGGCAUACCUGUUCACACGUGGAGUAGGUAGUUGACCUCACCUUUAACAAGUGUAAAUUUUUUAUGUUAACCUGCCUUUUUAAAUUUUAUUUGGUGCCUGCAACUUUCCUUUGUUCCAAUGUUUGACCUUGCUGGGCUAUCAGUUACAAUGCUUUUGGCCUUGCUCCUGUUUUGCUGUUUGACCUUACACCUAGGCCAAAUGUUGGCUAUUGCAAGGAAUUGUUUAUUCUUUCAACGUGCAACUUUAGGGAAACAGGAGAUUCAUUUUUAAGUUGUUGUCAGUAGGUGCAGCGUCUUUAGAGCAGUGAAUCUUGUACGUUCAAGUUUAUGAUUAGGUGACAAGUUGACAUUGAGAUUGUCCUUCCCCUGAUCAAAAAUGAAUAAAGGCUUUUUAAACAAAA